AUGGCAGACAUAAGAUCAGAUGGGCCUCUUCUCCCCCUCUACAAACUACCCUCAUCCUCCUCCAGAUCCAGAUCCACCUCCCAACCACACCCACCAAACUCCUCCUCCCCACCACCACCAUACUCACCCUCUCCCUCGCCCUCACGCUCACCCAGCAUCGACCUCCCCCUCCACCAAAUCUCAAAUCCAAAAUCCCACCACGCCAACCCUCAAGAAUCAGAACACCGUCGAAACAACAAACGCAAAGCACUGAUCUGUAUCUUCCUGGCUGUCAUGCUGCUCUUGAUCAUACCAUUGGCGGUGUUUAGUGUUAUUGUUUCGAAGGCUAGGGAUAAAGAGGGGUGUGUGGGGAAUGAUGGGGAGGUGCUGGGGGGAGGUGCGGUUUGUGAAUGAAGACUGUGGGGAAGAAGAAGACAUUGUAUAUAUGGAGUGCUCAUGAGAAUUACGGUAUUUAGUGGUGUUUAUGGCCGGUGUUGGGAUGGUUUGCAUACUUUGGGAUGGAAUUGGAUAUUGGAUUGUGGUUUGAUCUUGAGAAGCAUUCGUCAUCGACAUUGAGCUUGGGGCAGCACAUUGUUGAUGACCACUUGAUUAUAACUCACCAAGUGUUAUACUAUCUGUCUAC